CUUUAAUUCUUUUUGUGUAUUAGUUUAUUGGACUUUCGACAGUAUGUUACCCUGAUCAUAUGCACCAACUCUUACCUAUGUUACGUAAUUUUUGGAGAAAGUUAUUUUCCUUAUCGCUCAAGGGGUUUGCUGUCCUACUCUGAUAUCCACUUCUGCUAUAUUCGGAGAUUACGAUUAGCUCUAUCGAUUGGGGCCAAAAGAGUAGGUUUUACAUGAAGACGGAGAUAGACGCCGAUUUACGAAAUAUCGUGGUUUUAUUGGUUUUAUUUAAUCUCCGACGAUAGAUAAUGUCCAGAAAACAAUUUGCUUCAAAUUUGCCUCUAAUUUCAGGAGUCUCAACAUUCGAGCUGUUUUCGUCAAUCAUGGCCUACUCCAUGUGCAUCUAUGCUGUAACAACGGUUAUAAUCUGUUUCAUCCUCGGAGAUCUGUCGUCCGUGCUGUUUUCUGAGAAGAUCGAUUUCCUGACCACGAUCUUCUACUCAAUGCUAAUUUUGAUUUUGUUUACUUCCAUAAGUUCACCUGUACUUCUAUGGCUGGACGCCUCCAACUAUGUUGAUUACAUCAACAAGUGGACUAAAUUUCAGAUGCUGUUCCUCAAAGUCACUCAUAAUAGACUGUCAUUGAACGUCAAGAAACGCUGCAUUUUUAACGCCAUCCGCUGCUCGAUUAUUGGGUUUUCAGCUAUAACAUUUCACUUCUUCAUUCCAUACCUUAGCAUAUGGCAAAUUCCGGGCUUAUUCUACACCAUAACACUAGUUAACUGUUACUUAACACUUUGGAUUAUCACGUGCAGAACUCUAUCAACAGCCGGAAAGUCUCUGUCCAGGAAUUUUAAGGAGGAACUGAGGCGGAAGCGUUACACAGCGCAGAGCAUAGGGCGGUACAGAAUCCUCUGGUUGCGACUCAGCCAACUGGUCUCCGGGUCAGGUGGCGCUAUGGAAAAAACUUCUUGCUUGUUCUUUGCUGUUCAUCUGUUCAUAAUCACCAUGUCCUUGUAUGGUUUCUUGUACGGGAUUACUAGCGAAGCGGAAAUACCUAUUCAGUCAAUUGGAAUGGGUAUCGGAACAGUGACUGGAGGAUGUACGUUCUAUGUCACCUGUAAUGCUGCACACAAGGUUCAUCUAAAUGUUAAAGUGGAAAUAGAAGAAGAAUUGCAGCUCAUCAUGUCGUCGAGAGAAAAUCACGAUGUCUUGAUAGAGGGCCCCAGCACACUUCUCCCGUCAAGUCAGAGAACAUUUCAAUGAACAGUUCCCUCAGCGACGGAUUGGAUUCGGUGGUCCAGUAGCAUAGCCACCGAGGUCACCGGACCUGACUCCAUUGGACUUUUAUCUGUGGGGUCACUUGAAGUCCGUCGUUUAAGUAACACACGUAAACAAUAAAGACGACCUAUGGGAACGUGGGCGGAAUGCAUGCCAGAUGAUUCGAAGAAACCCUGUUGUGUACGAACGAAUUCGUGAGUCUUGUGUACGUUGUAGUCGUGUAUGUGUGGAGAAUGGAGGAGCAACCUUUGAGCAUCUGUUAUAAAUAAACAUCUCUGUCCUUAUACUUGGCAAUAAAGGCAUACAUUGAAAAUUA